GCCGAGCUCUGUCAAUGUCGCAUGCAGAUUUGAUGAGAAUUCUAAAAUGCUUAUUUUGCUUAUUUUCAUUAUGAAAAAUUGAAAAUAAUUCUUGCGAAAUCAUUACUAUUAUCAUAAUAUAAAUAAUUUCAAUUUGGUAACAAAUAUCGCGAAGUAAAUCAAUAUCUACGCAUAUUUUUAGGCACGUAAUGUGUGUUCUAAUGAUCUAAAAAGAAAGCAAACGUGUUAUUUAAUAAUGUAAGACGCAACACAACAAGUGAGUGCGUGUAUUACAAAAACAUGUCAAGUAUAUAAAGAAAAAAAGAACAGAAAGUGAAGUGCAGACAGUAAAAUAAAAUAUUGCGACUAAAACGUUAUCGACGAUAAUAAAAGUCUAUUGUCGGGAGUGCCUCCUGUAUAAGCACUCUAUCCGUUUUCGCUGUUAUGAUAAAUAUUGGAUUCAACUUAAAGAGGGUCUGACGUUUCUGCUUUCACAUAUGCAACGAUGUAAAUAUUAUAAGCAAAAAGUGAAAAUUACAAAUCAACAGACCAACCGACCGACGACCGCAUUGAUACACACAUAUGUACAUAAUUGUACAUACAUUUAUUAAUAUAACUCCGUAAGGCAAAGAUCACGUAGAGCGUCAACUCAAAUGUCAGCUACAUCGGUUGUGUUUGCGAGUUUUGUUGUAAAACUCUGCACUAAGUACUCAAAGUCGCGAAGGACGGAGCUCAACAUUAACAAGUGAAUAGAGUGAAAUAAACAAAAAAUUGUGAAUUUGGAUAAGUACAGAUCGGAACACAUUUAUAUAUAUAUAUUUAUAUAUAUAUAAGCAAGCGUGGAAAAUGCAUUCGUCGUCUGCGGCGUCGAGUGCGCUAGUGGAAUAUUCCGACGUUAGUUCGGAGGAUUUUUCUGAUCCUGAAACUGGAGAAAUCGACUCGGAUGCUGCAUUAGCUGGCCGAGGAGCAGCAACAUUAAACGCUUCCAAUCGAAGACCGGAAAAUCAGCUAAGAAAACAGAAUUGUGAUGCCGUUUUGCGCAUUACCAGGAACAAUGACUUCAGGAAAAGACGCAAUGACGAGAGUGAGGAUAUGGGCUCGAUUCUUGCAGUUGGUUCAAGAUCACGACAAGUUUCAGUUGUUGCCAGUAGCGGUAGUAGGGUAAGCAUCGGCUCUGUCCCCGAGAAACAGAAUCAUCAUCAUCGCAGCGAAGUCAGUCUGACGCCAGUCAAGAGCUCAAAGGAGGAACAAUGGGAUCGGGAGCUCUACAUGUCUAGCGAUACGAUAGACACGGAUGAGCUGGAGGCGGAAAUGAAACGGCAGAAGCGUAAAAAACUGAAGAAGGACAAGCAUAAGCACAAAUCAAAAAAGAAGUCCAAGAAGCGCAAGAAGAAGCGAGCGAAGUCAUACUCAAGCAUAGAUUCCCUAUCGGACAGCAAUCUCAAUUCGUUGCUGGACAGGCAUAGCCGAUACACGCCGCCAACGGCGCCGAAUCGAGCCAAAAGUGCCGAGCGUACAGUUAGCGCAUCUGUGCCUUCGUACACUCCUCACAAAGACAGUCAAAGCAGUCCCAUAUCAGUGGGCACUCCGCCUGCCCGACGUCCCAAUAGUAGUAAUAACGCCUACUAUGGCGAAGUAACCGCUGCUCCAAGCACUCCCUUAGGCAGCAGUCUGCAGGUGACGGUAAUGAACAAAACCACAAACAGUCGACAUCGAUCCCCACAGAUACGUUCCGGAGGUGGAGUUGGUGGCAGCAGUAGCAGCCAGCGUUAUGCCACUUCUCCGCGCACUCCACCACAGUUGCUGAGCCACUCGCAUCCAUCCACUGGCGGUGGCGCUGGGGUUAGUGGCGGAAGCAGCGCACGUGACUCGCGCAACUCUCGUUAUGUACAGAGUCCUUUGAAAGAUGAUCAUAGAUCAAGCAAUGCGUAUACAUCUCGUUAUUCAGGUGGUUCAGUUGGUGGACAGGUCAGCAGUCUCGAUGCGAGAAAGUUGAAACGCAUCUCACCAGAGCUGGAUCGCUAUCACCAUCAACCAAGCACGCCACCGCAUAAGCGACGAAAGUAUGGCGAUGGACGAGAUGUAUCUAUGUCUUCGUCUAUGGUCCCAUAUGAGCACGGCAGGCACCAUUCUGUUAAAUAUGAACGAUACAGCAGAGACCGAUAUUCGCGGAGGGUGUCCAGGAGUCCUAGUGUUCAUCGCCUGUCACGCAGUCGCCUCUCACCUGGCGGAGGAGGCAACGGAUCGGGUAACAGUAGCAUGUAUCGUCAACGAAGUAAUAGUCGCCAUAAUCACAGCAAAUAUGGCGCACCUCAUUCGCCUUCGCCACCAAUGCCGACGAGGACGUCUUCCAAGAGAGGCUCGGGUAGUGGCAUGGGCAUCUCCAAUGAUCGCUACUCCUCGCGUUCUCCACGACAAAGCUCGCGUUAUUACGAGUCAUCUCCACCGUCACCAGCGGGCGCCUCGGCCUCGACCUCACAUCACCAUCGACGAUCGCCUAGGGGUCAUCAGCAUCAUCGCAACAGCAGUCGCAAACGCUCUCCUAGCUCGGGAAGCAGUCGUAGCUCAGGGUCGUGCUCUCGUUCGCCAGCCUCGCGGGAUCUUAAGUACAAGCGCGAGAAAUAUAUCAAAAAGAUAAGCGAGACUAGCUUGUUUGCUGAGCUGGUUAAGGAUCGGCAUAAGCGGGAAAAGGCUCUUAAAGAGAUCAUCGAGCGAAACGAAGAGAACAGCAACAGCAACGGUGCUUUGACUAUCAACGAAAACAGUUCCUCGGUAGAUGGGAAUACGCCCAACGUUGCGGACAACCGAUCAGCACCUUAUAUGGCAGUUCAAUCCUCCGCUGGUGCAACGCCAAACGGAAUUGCUGGCAGCGGUGGCAGUGGUGGUGCUAAGCCUGAUUUGGACCUGAACAACAUUCCAAUGCCAAACAAAGAUACGGAGGCAUUAAAGUUGAAUUCGACUGUUGGUACCGGAGAUGUAACAGAUGCCUCCCCAGCAAUAGCCUCACUGACCUUUAAAAUGAAUGCCAAUCAAAAACCGAAGAGUCUUACGGCCUUACCCAUGCCACCUGGCAUGACUGUAGCUGAUUUAGAGAACGCGCCAACGCCAUCUCCUCCAGAUGUAGGCAAGCAAGCGACGCCGAAAUCAACAAAGAAGUUUUCCCCAGACGACAAAAAUCUAAACACCAGCCUUAAUGCCAAUGUAAAUAAAAGCCUUUUGAACCUGCCAAUGCCGCCCGUCAUACCGGGCAGCGAGGAGUUAAGUGGCGACGAUGAUGUCAUCGACAGUCCCGAGGACUUUGAUACACCCAGUGGCAACAGCAACAGCUUAAAUGUGAGUGCCAAUGCAAAUACAUCACAUACUGCCACCCGACGACGACCAGUGAUACUUAAUCGACGCGACUCGCGAAACAAUGUCAGGGAUUGGGGCGAACGAUGUGUGGAUGUGUUCGAAGUGAUUGCACAGAUUGGCGAGGGUACAUACGGACAGGUGUACAAAGCACGCGAUCAUCAUACCAAUGAUAUGGUAGCAUUGAAAAAGGUGCGAUUGGAACACGAAAAGGAAGGUUUUCCCAUAACGGCUGUACGCGAAAUAAAAAUAUUAAGACAACUUAAUCAUCGCAACAUUGUGAACCUUCAUGAAAUCGUAACGGACAAACAGGACGCAGUUGAGUUUCGCAAGGACAAGGGUUCAUUCUAUCUGGUAUUUGAGUAUAUGGACCACGAUCUCAUGGGCCUUCUAGAAUCGGGCAUGGUUGACUUUAAUGAGGAGAACAAUGCAAGCAUUAUGAAACAGCUUUUGGAUGGCCUCAAUUACUGUCACAAAAAGAAUUUUCUACAUCGAGAUAUCAAGUGUUCCAACAUUUUAAUGAACAAUAAGGGUAAAGUCAAGCUGGCAGACUUUGGAUUGGCCCGUUUGUACAAUGCUGAGGAUCGUGAACGUCCGUAUACGAACAAAGUAAUAACACUCUGGUAUCGACCGCCGGAGCUGCUGCUUGGCGAGGAACGUUAUGGACCGUCAAUAGACGUGUGGUCAUGUGGCUGCAUAUUGGGCGAACUGUUCCUGAAGCGCCCACUAUUUCAGGCAAAUGCAGAAAUGGCUCAACUAGAGACAAUAUCCAAAAUAUGUGGUUCACCGGUUCCCGCCGUUUGGCCAAAUGUAAUUAAGCUGCCACUCUUUCACACGCUUAAGCAAAAGAAGACGCAUCGUCGACGUUUGCGUGAAGAUUUUGAGUUUAUGCCAACAUCUGCGCUUGAUCUGCUUGAUAAAAUGCUUGACUUAGAUCCGGACAAACGCAUUACUGCGGAAGAUGCACUCAGAUCACCUUGGCUGAAGAACAUCAAUCCCGAUGAAAUGCCAACACCACAAUUGCCUACAUGGCAGGAUUGUCAUGAGCUUUGGAGCAAGAAGCGGCGUCGCCAGCUGCGCGAACAGCAAGAGUCGCUGCCACCAGGUGUCAUUUGCUCAGCUAAGUAUCAGCAGCACGGCGCUGCGAUGGUAGGGGAUGCCUAGCAUUUACUCUAUGCUUCAUACUACAAUGAAGAAGAGGAAGACUAUAAACAGCGAGAGGAAGUGGAGUGUGCCUGGUGGCAAAGUUAAUACCAUCAAAAAUUAUAAUCAAUUAUAAAUAGUUGGCAGGGAGACUCGCAGGCAGUUCGGGUUGACAUGCUCUACCAAAGCACUCUAUUCUUUAAGUCGUCUCUUAAACAAAAUAACUAAUUUAAGACUAUAUUUAAAUAGUGAUGAAUUGCUAAAAAAAAGAAAGAAAAAAAGAAAUCAACAACAGAAAACAAAAGAGCAUUUCGAAUUGACCGGUGUGUAAUAUUGUAAUAUAUAUAUAUACUAUAUGCAAUCAAAUAACCCAUUGCAAACUAAAUUGUUUAUAAUUUUUCUAAUGCUUAGUAUAAUAUCUUAAAUACAUAUUGGCAAUAAACAAUGAGCAUGAGAAAUAACACUAUCAA